GGCUGCAUGGGGCGGCGGCGGCGCCGGGUGGACCGGGCGGACGCGGCCGGGGCCCUGCCCGCGGCCAUUGCCGCGCUGAGUCGGACGCUGCCCGGCGGGCCCAGCCCCGAGACCUUCCGUCGCGCCAAGUUCGACCGUCCGGAGGCGGCCCCCGCGCUCUGGCGGCUGCUCUUCUGCGUGCUCUCGCCGGUGCCUGCCGACGGCGCCGCGGCCUCGCCCGCCCCGGUGGCCCAAGCCCGCCUGGUGAAGUCGGAGCUGCGCUCCCAGGGCUACCCCAGGGGGUCGCUGGCUCGGCUCCCUGAGGACGGCUCCCAGGGCAGCCGCGAGCUGCUGCUGGCCCUGUCCUGGCUCCUGGCCCGUGGGCCCCUGCUCGAGCAGCUGCUGGCCCAGACCCGCGUGCGGCUGGGCGACGAGAUGCCGGUGUGCGAGUGUGAGGCCCUGGCCAGCCCUGGCCCACCUGCACCCCAUGUGGAAGCAGAUGGCUGUGUGGACGUUCGCCACCUGCAGUGGCUGAUGGGAAAGCUGCGGUUCCGGUGGCGAAACCUGAUCGCCAGUCAGCAGGAGCAGUGCGCCCUCCUGGGCAAGAUCCACUCCUACACCCGUGGCUGCCACAGCGACCACAGCCUCGGUCACCUGUCUGUCGCCGAAGCGGAGCUGCUCAGGGACCCGGAGGGUGGCCGGCAGCUGCUGCAGAGGCUGGAGAGUGAGAAUGCUCGCCUGGAGGCGGCCUUGGAGUGGCGGCGCCGGGAGCUGGUCUUCUGGCAGUGGAUGGACACAGUCCUGGGCGCCUGCCCCCCAGACGCCUCACAGCCCACGUUUCUGCCCAGGAUCCCCGCACGGGGGGCCAGUGAGUUGGAGCUGGUGGCUCAGGAGCUGCAGGCCCUGCAGGAGGAGCUGCGGAAGGCAGCAGAGCCCCGGCGGGCGGCCUGGGAGGCCAGGGUUGGAGGCUGGGGGCCAGAGUGGAAGGCCGCGCAGCGGGCCUCCGAGGAGGCCGUGAGACAGGAGCUGGCAGCUCUGCAGCGAUCCUGGGAGCACGGCGGGGGCCUGGCCCAGCCCCAUGGGCCCCACCGGCUGGUGAGGAGUGAGGCUGGGAUGCUCGGGGGCCCGGGCCUGCCGGCCGCCAAGGUAAUCACAGUGCUAAGGAGCCGGAAGGCCUGCCUGGAGGUGGCGUUGCGCCAGCUGCAGGGACAGUGUCGGCAGGAGCUGGCCAGGCUGGCAGGAGCCCUUCCCGGCUUCAUCUGGAUCCCGCCGCCUGGCCGCUGA